AUGGACUCCGCCCGUUUAAGUUCCGCUUUGACCUAAAUUUUAAACCCAAUUCGAUGUCGGUUCCUCUAAAAACAUGGACAAAAUCUUAGUUUUAGGGGUGUUGUUGGCAGUGAUAUCAGGAUGUUUUGCUCUAGAGUGCUACGUGUGCAAGGAUCAGGACGGUAAUAAAGACAAAUGCGUCAAAAGUACAAUUCAGUGUGACCAACAUGAUGAUACCUGCAUGACGACCAUCAGAUACAGAGUUCCACCUUUCUGGCUCCCUAAAAGUGACAGCCGACGCCACUUUGUUUCCAAGACCUGCGUAAAACAGGAGGUCUGUGAAGAAACGAAGUAUAGUAAAAGGAAGCUUUGUAAACGAGAUUGGUAUGAUGAUUGGACAUGCGUGGAGUGUUGUCGGGGGGAUCUCUGUAACUACUAUGUCACACUCGGUUCAGGAACGGUACAAGGCAGCCUGCUCAUUACGUUGUUUACAGCUAUUACAGUUCUAGUGCGGAGUUUUCUGUGAGGAGGUGGACAAUUUUUGCAACAACAUCUGUAAAUCAAUAUGAAUUGAAGCAACUUUCAAACAAGCCAGCACUAAUGGAGAGAAAUGAGAGGGGCCGUCCUGUUUUAUUCACUGUUGGUUGUGAACCAUCAGAAUCGUGUAAAUUCUAUACAUUCCAGAAUUGUAAAUAUGUACAGUCGUAUAUUCAAUGCUUGUCCAUGAUACUAGUUUAGACUGGAAACAUUUAGGUGGGCAGAAUUGGGGAGUGGACUGUUGAGAAAGCCCUGCAGGUGGCGCCGCAAGGAGUGCACCUUUUCAAUUUACAUCAUAUGCCAUAUAUUUUAAUCUGCAUUUGAAUUGUGUAAAACUAUUAUAAUGUAGCCUAAUGCCGAGUUUUGGAAAGACGAUGUUUUAAAAUAUGGUGUAUUUGAAUUAUCAGUCCGAAAAAGAAUGUUAGAAAACAACGUUCUUUGAGAAACUGUCUUUCUGAUGGCUAAACUUGCAUAUUAGCUGGUAGGUUUCUUUCUGAAACCAUUUUUGACAGGUGUAAAAACGGCAUGCGUGGUACACGUGACAUCUAUAGCUUUGCUAAAUUCCAUACAAAAGCAAACACUUCCUCAGAGUAACUGUAACCCCCGCUUGACACUGAGUAAACCUUGGUCAAUAUGUGAAAUGGUUACAGGCUUAUAUUGCCAGGGUUGAUAUUUUUUAGUCUUCAUUAUUCAGCUUGUGCUGUCUCUUCAACAUUCCGUAGAUCAUGUUAAUGAUAUUUUCUAUCCAUCCAUUAAGUCCAUCUUGUACACAUUCCUUCCACAAUAUUCUGUAAUGUAGAAUAUCCGUCCUGUAUGGAUAUGUUCAGGUGUUGAGAGUUGUGGCUUAGGUUUUCUUCUAUAUAAAAGAAAUGAAAACCAUCAUACAUGUCACUUUGUGUCAUCUAAUUAUUGGCAGCUGAAACAAUGGCUUUAUGGAUGUUAAAACAGUAGAAGUAAAAGAUAAUGCCAAUUUUGUGUUGAUUCCAGUGUACUGAAUAGGAUACAUAGUGUCCGUAGGUUGCAACAGUACAUGUGGUUGGAGCAAUUUGAAACCAUUAUAAUCAUUCAGUCAACCCUUUUGCUAACCAAAUAGUAGGUCGAGGGAUAUUUUGACUUUCCAACAAAAAAAUGUAGAUCCCAACAUCAUGCAUCAUUCCAACCCAUUGUUUAAAUAUUCUUUUGAUAAUGAGCGCCAGAGAUGAUUAUUCAAUGAUUAAGUCCGUCGACAUUGUAAAGAUUUUUAUACACUUAUAUUACGUGUCAUUUUUAUAUAUGCAAAUAAUAUAAUCUAUAAAGUUAA